AUGUCUCUCCUCUCCGCCCUGGGCUGGGCCCCGCAGGUCUUGUGCGUCACCCUCGUCGGAGCCGCUGUGGGCGUGAAAGCGAUCCGGACCGUGGCCCCGGACGUGCUGUACACUCGGAUCGGGCCAUUCCUGCAAAGGCUGGCGCAGAGCCGAGCCCUCGUCCCCGUCAGAUGGAUCUACACGGGCGUCCAGGUCGCGGCAUAUCUCGUGGUGACCGCGUACCGGAACAUCAUCCAUCCCGUCGUCAAAUGGCCGGCGCGCAUACUCCUGUUCCCGCUACGGUGGCUGUUCGAAGCGUUUCAGACCACGGCGCUCAUUGUGGUCGGAAACAUCCUGAACCUGGUCCCGACCAAGUGGGUGUGCGCGGUCGGCAAUUGGCUGUUCGCAAGGAAUGGCGUGUUUGAAAACCACAGGUUUGGCGUCUGCCUUGCCCAUUCGCUCUUCCCGUGCGUCAACAAUGGUCCGGCAAAGGCCCUGUUCAGCUUGUCGGACCACAUCGCCCGUGCGGCCGAGGUGGCUCGCAGAGACGACGUGAAGCGAUCCAUUUUGGAACGGUACGCAAACGCCGGGUUGAGCGGGGCGGAUUGUUCCACCAGGAGCAGGGAUCGCGUUUGUCAGCGUAUCGAACAAGCCAGGCGUGCCCUUCUCGACGCCAACGCAGAUUUGCGAGCACUGUUGACAUUAGCGACGCCUGAUUUGAGGACGACUUAUCUCCGAGGACGUGCGCAGACGAAGAGGAAGGCCAACAGCCCGUGGCGGGUCCAGAAGCGAAGUCUGAGAACAAAGACGUUUCGGAUGCCAGGCCUAAUCGCAUUGAUGCUCCACUACACCAGACUUGUAAAGAGCAACACGGGGGACAGGUGUAGAAUUUUCCUCAUCUCAACAUCCAUUGGGGCCUUGGGCUCUUUCGGAGUCGAUGGUGCGGAAACCAGUAACCCGGACGAGUCGAUAUAUUCAGAAGGCAUAAAAGAGUUGCUGAGCAAGAACAUCUUUCGACACUGGAUCAUCGAUAUUCCUGACCGAGCAACCGCAUGGCACCUGCACCGGGGCGAAGGCAGUGCUCAGAUCAGCAUCGAGAGCGCGACCUCUGCUGGGGAACUGAACACAACUGCAGCGGGAGUACAGCUAACAGACGAGCAGCUGGCAGUCGCGGGUCAUACGUUUGUCAGUAACGAAUACAUCGACAAAGUGAUGGCACUUGAGCAAAGACGACGUCUCGCCGGAGAUGAUGCAGAGGUGUAUGAGAUUUUCUUCAACAACUGUCAAACUCUCUGGACCAAGGGAAUGCUGGACCUGCUGAUGUGCAAAUGUGCCGAGACCGAUCGUGAAAGAGACCGUCUAUUGUCCAUUGAAGAGGCCAUGUCGGAUAGGGAUUGGCACACCUCGGUCGCCGAACUUGGGAUGUCCGUCCUCAUAGCCCUAGGGAGACGCGGCUAUCUUCCAAUGGGGCUAUGGGUGCGCUGGGUGUCGAAUCUCGUGUGCGUCCUUCAAGAGCUCAACUACUAUGCUUUUGGACCGGCACUGUAUGGACUUGACCUGACGUUCGGCUCAAAUCGCCUGAAAAGCUUCUCUCUCCUUGCCAUGCUCAUCCUCCACCCGAUAUUCGUUUACAAGUACCACGGCACUCUCACGCCGAGUCCGUUUGAAUGGGCCGAUCUGGGAGUCGGGAUCAUCGCGAGGUUCUGGGUCCGUUCGAUCCGAAAGAGAACCCUACGACAGACACCGGUUCAGCCUCCUGGAGAGACAUGUUGGUCCGGGUACUUUUCUCAGUUGUACGAGAAGAGUGAAAAUGGCGAGAUUGAAGGGGCGGAAUUGGAUCACGCUGUGAUGGAAUUUUUGAGGUCAGACUAUCCGUGA